UCGUCCGGCGGAUCUCAGCUUGUGAAACAGACCCCAUCCGUGCCCUCGUCCCUCCGCUCCUGAGCGGGGCUGUUUCUCUGCGGAGUCCGGGAGCGCUUCUUUUUCCAUUCUGCCUCUCGACUCCGACGAACAGUUCGGUCUUUGGGAUUUGGCUUUUUAUUAGAAUUGCUGGUGGUUUCAUUCGGCGCUGUUUCCGCUGCUGCUGCUGCUUUUACGCAUCAUUUUUGGAUUUGCUGCUCAGUGAAAAAACACAAAAACCAGCGAGGUGGAUCCGCGGAUGCGCCUUUUCGGCUCAAACUGGAGAUGGAAAUGCUGAUUUUGUUGUUUCAUUCCCUGUGGAUAUUGCAAUGCAACACAGCGAGCGGCGACUCCAUCAUUCACAUCGGUGCCAUAUUCGAGGAGAACGCGGUGCGGGACGAUGAAGUGUUCCAGCUCGCCGUGUCCGACCUCAGUCUGAGCGACGACAUCCUGCAGAGUGAGAAGAUCACACACUCCAUUAAGCUCAUUGAGCCCAACAACCCUUUCCAGGCGGUGCAGGAAGCCUGCGAGCUCAUGAACCAGGGCAUCCUGGCGCUGGUGACCUCCACCGGCUGCGCCUCCGCCAGCGCCCUGCAGUCGCUGACGGACGCCAUGCACAUCCCUCACCUGUACAUCCAGAGGCACAGCGAGGGCUCGCCGCGCACCGCCUGCCAGCUCAACCCCAGCCCCGGGGGGCAGCGCUACACGCUGGCCGCGCGCCCGCCGGUGCGCCUCAACGACGUGAUGCUGACGCUGGUGGAGGAGCUGCGCUGGCAGAAGUUCAUCGUCUUCUACGACAUCGAGUACGAUAUCCGUGGUCUGCAGGGCUUCCUGGACCAGACGUCCCGUCAGGGCGUGGACGUGGCCCUGCAGAGGGUGGACAGGAACAUCAGCAAAGUCUUCACCAACCUGUUCACCACCAUGAGGACCGAGGAGCUCAACCGAUACAGGGACACGCUACGCAGAGCCAUCCUGCUGCUCAGCCCACACGGAGCACACACCUUCAUCCAGCAGGCGGUGGAAACCAACCUGGCCUCCAAAGACAGCCACUGGGUGUUUGUGAACGAGGAGAUCAGCGACACCCAGAUCCUGGAGCUGACCCACAGCGCGCUGGGCCGCAUGACGGUGAUCCGGCAGAUCUUCCCUCUGUGGAGGGACAGCAGCAACCGAUGCAUGAGGCAGAACCACCGCAUCUCAUCGCUGCUGUGUGACCCGCAGGAGGGAUACCUGCAGAACCUGGAGGUGUCCAACCUCUACCUGUACGACAGCGUGCUCAUGCUGGCCAACGCCUUCUACAGGAAGCUGGAGGACAGGAAGUGGCACAGCAUGGCCAGCCUCAACUGCAUCAGGAAGUCCACCAAGCCCUGGAACGGAGGCUGGUCCAUGCUGGAGACCAUCCAGAAGGGAAACAUCACCGGUCUGACGGGCACCAUGGACUUCAAAGACAGCGGCUCCAACUCCCACGUCCAGUUCGAGAUCCUCGGGUCCAGCUUCAGCGAGACCUUCGGCAAAGACAUCAAGAGGCUCGCGACGUGGGACUCGGUUCACGGGCUCAACGGCAGCCUGAAGGAGAGUCGGAUCGAGAACGGCAUGCAGGGCGUGACGGUCAAAGUGGUGACUCUGCUGGAGGAUCCUUUCGUUAUGGUGGCAGAAAACAUCCUGGGGCAGCCCAAGCGGUACAAAGGCUUCUCCAUCGACGUCCUGGACGCCCUGGCCAAGAUCCUGGGCUUCAAAUACGAGAUCUACCAGGUGGCUGACAGCAAGUACGGGUCUCAGCUCCCCAACGGCUCCUGGAACGGCAUGAUCGGAGACCUCAUCAGCAAGAGAGCCGACCUGGCCGUGUCGGCCAUCACCAUCACACCGGAGCGGGAGAACGUGGUGGACUUCAGCAAGCGCUACCUGGACUACAGCGUGGGCAUCCUGCUGCGGAAGCCUGAGGAGAAGAUCAACAUCUUCUCCCUGUUCGCGCCCUUCGACCUCGCCGUGUGGGCCUGCAUCGCCGCAGCCAUCCCCGUGGUCGGGGUGCUCAUCUUCCUGCUCAACAGGCUGCAGGCGCUGCGCUCCUGCUCUACCCAGAAUGCACCGGGCCAGCCGUCCAGCAGCGUGGGCUCGGGCACGCUGCACAGCGCCAUCUGGAUCGUCUACGGAGCAUUUGUGCAGCAAGGUGGCGACGGCGUGGCCGCCUCGGUGGCGCUGAGGAUCGUCAUGGGCAGCUGGUGGCUCUUCACGCUCAUCGUGUGCUCCUCGUACACGGCCAACCUGGCAGCGUACCUGACGGUGUCACGCAUGGACCACGCCAUAAGGUCGUUCCAGGACCUGGCUCGGCAGAUGGACGUGGACUAUGGCACCGUCAGGGACUCUGCUGUGUACGACUACUUCAGGAACAAGGGAACCAACCCUCUAGAGCAGGACAGCACCUACGCCGAGCUGUGGAGGACCGUCAGCAAGAACAGCGGCAUGGACUUCUCCGUGUCCAGCCCGUCGGAGGGGAUACGCAAGGCCAAGAAGAGUCCGUACGCCUUCCUGUGGGACAUGGCCGUGCUGGAGUACGCGGCUCUGACCGACGACGACUGCACCAUCACCGUGUCAGGAAACAGCAUGAGCAGCAAAGGCUACGGCAUCGCCAUGCAGCACGGCAGCCCCUACAGGGACCUGUUCUCCCAGAAGAUCCUGGAGCUGCAGGAGAAAGGAGACCUGGACAUCAUGAAGCAGAAGUGGUGGCCUCGCACCGGCCGCUGUGACCUCAACAGCCACGCCAGCACUCACCCCGACGGCCGCUCCCUCAAGCUGCACAGCUUCGCCGGCAUCUUCUGCAUCCUGGCCGCCGGUCUGCUGCUGGCCUGCCUGGUGGCCGGCCUGGAGGCCUGGUGGAACGGCAACCGCUGCCGCCAGGAGCAGCCCAAAGAGGUUACUAAGGAUUACAGACUGGCAAGGGUUUCUGGUCCAUUGACAUAUAAUGACAUUACAACUGCUUCAUCGGAGGGGAGGAGGGACAUUUGGACAGACAGAGAGAGAGGCUGGGAUGAAGCAGAAGCUAUUGAUACAGGACAAGGAGGUGAAUCUGGAACAGGUGCAUCGUCGUAUGAACAGUCUUUUGGACGAGGACUUGGCCCACAAGCAGAUCCCCGGCCCCUCUAUCGAGAUCUCUGCGCUGGACAUCGGCAGCAUGCAGCCCAGCCAGUCUCUGGUGCCGGGGUCGGAGUCCGUGCGGGACUACCCUCCCUCGGGCCUCGCUGUGACCACCUUCCUUCCCGGGGAGGGGGUGCCUCCUCCUCUUCCCCACCCUCACCAUGGGGGGACCCUAGGCAGGACGCUACCCCCGUCCCAGGGCCCUGGCAGCACCACGUUGCCCCCACACCACCCGCUCAGCGGCACCAUGCAGUGCAAACACCGGGCCCCCAACGGGGGGCUCUUCCGACAGAGCCCUGGCAAGACCCCCAUGCCAAUGUCCUACCAGGCAGUCUCCGCAGGACCCAUACCCGAAGCCAUUGAGGCCACACACAGUACAUCCAUAUAGAGCUGGGGGGUGGGGGUCCUGGGGGGCGGGGCUCUAGAGAAAAUUAUUAUUAAUUAAUGUACAAAGACAAAAGAUUUUGUAUCCCACUACCUGUUCAGACGAGGGGGGGGCAACUUUUCCUCUGUACAUACGUGUAAAUACCAAGAGAACGAAGUGAGGUCAAAGUGUAUUUUGAAUAUUCUCAAUUUUUGAAGUUGAGUUGUAAAAAAACUAACAAAAUGAGAAAAAAAUCUAUAAAUAUAUAUAUACAUCGAUGAAAAGUUAUGACUGUUUGAAUGGCUUUGUAAAUUUUGUUCAAUAUCAAACAAUGACGCAAAAUUCAUUGUGAUUGUUUUCUAAGUGCCGAAAUGAAACGAUGUCUCUCCACAACUCGAUGUAAACCCAUGAUGCACCGCUGUAGGGACAUGUUAGUGUUGGACACCUACUGUUAUGCACCUCUGUACCGACCCUAUAUAUCUUCAGCAUUGGACGGAAUAAUCACCUUUUCAUUUGUAUUAAAUAUAUGAUAUACGUUUUUACCAACUGGAGUCUACGUCCAUUCUCUUACGUCGCCGUAACAGAGGAAGCACAGAGGAUGUUGGUGCGUCGUGGACCGAGCCACGUCUUUAGGUUCCGAUGGUGCCGAUGGUGGUUGUUGUUGCAGCCUCACUGAGACUCACUGACAGGAAGCUGGUUCUCCACACGGAGCCGAACAACGAUCGUGGUAAAAAGAAGAGAAGCAACUGAAUUUGAAACUUGUUUGACAUCAACAACCAUCACUGACGCGGUUCCAUCACCUUUAACCUGAAGGAACAGACACGAAGCAGUGCAGUGACGGAGGGAACCUCGUGGCCCAGCAGUCAGUCAGGAGGCCAUUUUCACCUGCAGGGGUGACGGAGCGCGUCAUAUCCAGAGCUCAGCUUUGUGUUUGCUGAACCCUGGACUCUUUACCUCUCAAAAACAGAGAAGAACAGAAACUACGCAGCUCACGCUUCCUUUCUGCUUUUAUCAGCGUGGACUCCAGCAUCACAGGAACAGUCCAACUGCCACACUCAGUGAAGGAGUGCGUUCAGACAGGAACUAGACGCCACCAAGCACCUGGAUGUUGACCUGCUCCACCUCCAAACCCAUCCUCACUUCAGCCUGGGGAGGUGAGUCGUGAAGCCAGACCCCUGGAAACGGCCGGCCUUCAUCCUCUGGACACGAACGCGGCUGUUAGAUGGUUGACGGUGCUGAGAUCAGGAAACGCUUGAACGUGAGCAUGCGACUGUCUGGACCUGGACGGACGCAGCUCACGCCUCCCUCCAGCGUGUUCAUCUCCACAGACUUCAAUGUGUCAGUGUGGAGCUGUGGGCUCAGAGUCUGUCUGUAGGAAGGGUCUGAUUUAUUUAUGAAUAUGCUGCUUGGAGUUUCCUAAUCUUUAAUAAAUAAAUGUGGUUUACACAUG